UCACUCAGUUCGGUCACCACCGCCAUUGAACGCGCUAAAAUGACCUCUCUUCUCUUCCUUAGAACCCUCCCGCUCCUCCGCAACGGCCUUCUCAGCCACCGUUUCCAACGCUGCGUUGCAGACGGUGGAAUAUUCUCUCACCAUCGGCGUCUCUGGUGCUCGCUCGCCGAGCAUCCGCCGCCGGAGGCGGAAGAUGAUUCCUCGCCUGAGAAAAGAUCGGCUGAGGUGACCGCGACGACGUCUCUCGGUUACGCUCGUUUUGAGGAUCCUGAUUAUCGGAAGUGGAAGGACGUGGAGGCGGAGAUUCUUCGGGAUAUUGACCCGAUAAUGUAUCUGGCCAAAGAAAUUCUUCACUCUGAUAGGUACGUAGAUGGAGAACGCUUAACAUAUGAAGACGAGAAAGCCGUGGUGGAAAAGCUUCUUGCAUAUCACCCUCACUCUGACGAUAAAAUCGGCUGUGGCCUUGAGUUUAUAAUGGUUGAUCGGCAUCCUCAGUUCAGGCACUCGAGGUGCCUCUUUGUCGUGAGAACCGAUGGUGGAUGGAUCGAUUUCUCUUACCAGAAAUGUCUUCGGUCCUAUGUUCGAGGUAAGUACCCAUCUCUCGGCGAAAGAUUCAUCCGAGAGCAUCUUAAACGCGGUAGCAACUAAGGAAGAAAAAAAAACCCUCGGCCCGGCCCGACCCGACCCCAUAGUUCCUGUUAUAGAAUGCCGUCUUUGCAAUGUAAUAACAUCAGUGAAGUUCACGUAGAAAAAUGUUGUGAUUGAAAUUGACGGACAGAGAGAAUAGUUCUAAUGAAAGCUUUAGUUGUAUUGUUGAGUAUGAGUUGUUUGCUUA